AUGCAACAACCAAAGAUUUUAUUUCUUUUUGCUAUAUCAACCAAAUUAUUUAAUACAAAAAAUUUUUUAACGAAAUCUUCAUCGAUACGUUAUUUUAAUUCACAAACAUUUCGAUAUAAACAUAAAACUUCAUUUCACACAAAUUUUUAUUUCAAACGUCAAAUUACAACAGCAUUUAAUGCUAAAAAUGUCAGAAAACAUUUAAUUUAUCAACCCUCUUCACAAAGUUCUUCUAAUACCACGCCCCCUUCGGAUACAACUUCACAACAUAUCCAUAAUAUUUCACAAAUAUAUCCAGCGACUGAUGAUACGCAACAAACACCUUCUCAUGAUAAACCAUCAUUAAUGAUAUUAAUUGGAUGGUGGAAUUGUAAACCAAAACAUUUGCUUAAAUAUGUCUCUUUAUAUACGGAUAAAUUUCAUACGGAUACAUUAUCUCAUAUACCACCGUUUUAUCAUGUAUUUUUUCCUUGGACUAUUUCUAGAGAUAUUCAUCGUUUAGCAAAAGAAUUAAUUGGGAUAUGGAUUGAACGUGGAAAACCAAAUAAUAUAGGAUUUCAUGUAUUUAGCGAUAAUGGUACGUAUCACUAUGCUAUGUUAUGUGAAGCCGUUAGAGAUCUAUCAAAAAAGUAUUCAGAUUAUGAUCAAAGACAAAUAAAAUCAUCAUCUGGAUUAAAUUUAUCAAGUGAAGACGCGGAAUCCUUUUUAAAUUCAAUAAAAUCUUGUGUAAUAGAUUCAGCUCCUUCUCCUAUUUCGGAAAAGUAUCUUGCGUUAGGUAUUGUGGGAGGGUUUUUAAGGAAAACAACCUUGAUGAAAAAAUCAGCUUCAAAUUCAAAUUCAGAAAAGGAAGAAAUUCCAAUCAUACAACCUCCUCCUUCUUUAAUUUCUGUAUUAUCAAUCUUUUUUACUUUACCUGUCGUUAAAAGAUAUCAAGAUUUUGCUCAUAAAUCAUUAUAUAAUAUUCCCGGUGGUACUCAUGAUGGUAGACAUGUAAAAUACUUAUUUUUAUAUGGACCUGGUGAUCAAAUUGUACCUGAAAAAGAUGUAAUUGAAUUUAUGGAAAGAUUAAAGGAAAGAGAAAGUAAUCACAUCAAUAGUGAGAAAAAGGGCGAAUUGACAAUCGUAAAGAAUAGAUUUGGAGCUAAUAGUGAACAUGUACAACAUUUUCUUAGAUAUCCUGAUGAAUACAUCAGUGCUUUAAAAUCAUUUUAUAAUAUUUAA